UCAUGAGAUAGUAGAAAACGUCAUAUAAAAAUAUGGUUCUAUUGUAAUUAUUGUUAUUGUCACGUAAUUAUAUUCUAUAAUCUAUCGUAAUGUUUACAAAACCUACUGCUUAUUUCAAUACUAAAAACUUUAAUAGAUUAUUUAUUUUUCAUGGAUAACCUAAAAUUUUUACACCUACAUUUAAAAUGAUACUUAAUUAUUGUACAUGCUUGGGUACUAAUUUUUAAACUUAAUUAAAUGUACAACCAUAUUUAUUUAUCAUUUUUUUAAUUUUUGAAUUUACUAAUGCAUUAAAAAGUAAGUUUUGAUUAUUGGAUUUUUUUAAUUGUGUAAAGUGAUAAUAUAAUAUAUACGAAUGGCAUCUUUAAAUAAAAAUAAUGUUAAUGGUACUGAUUUCCGAAAUUCUCAUGCUGAUGAACGGGAAACUCUUUUGGAACAUGAUAGUGAGCCUGAUGAAGAUAUGAUUUUCAGUCGUUCCAGCAUAUCUGAUGACGAUGAUAUUAAAGUUCACAGCAAUAUCGAUAGCGUUAAAAUACAAAUAAGAGAAGUGACUGACGUAAUGCGUGAUAAUGUACAAAAAGUAUUGGAAAGAGGAGAAAGAUUGGAAGAUUUACAAUUAGCUAGCGAUCGAUUAAGUUUUGCUGGUAAUGAAUUUCGUGAUGCCGCUAAAAGAGCGCAACGAAGAGCAUGGAUACAAAAUAUUAAAUCCCGAGUUAUAAUUAUCGGAAUAACCGUUAUUGCUAUAAUAUGUAUUUUAGUUCUAGAUGUCGUGGUGCUUUAUCUGGUUUUCAAAUAAUUAUCACAUUCUGGCAAUAAUAUUUCAUACUAAAUUAAGUUAGCGCUGCAAGUGAUGCUGUUCUUGGCUGGACGCCGCUAGGCAUUUGGAUACAGUGAACAUAAAAGUUUUCUGAAAGAAUCGCCGUCGUUGGAAUGAUGGCUUCUUCUCAAUGAUCGACAAUGUUGUGAGAACUAAGUUGGCCUGAUUCUUACCUAUUUCGAUAUUUAAUCAAUAAAUUUUUCGUGGUUGAUUAGACAUUAUUAAGAGUUGAGUCGAUUCAUUAAUAUUAGAAUCAGCGGUAUAAUUUAAUUAUUUUAACAUUAAAUAAAUUUCAAUGAAAAUAUUAUGGAGUUAAAUGAUUCAAUGAUUUGAGAAAAUUACAAAUAUGAACUGAUUAAACUGAAAUUUGUUU